AUGGCAGUGUGCCAGUUUUUCUUGCAGGGGCGAUGCCGCUUCGGCAGCCAUUGCCGAAAUGAGCAUCCUGCUCAGGCACGCACUAGUGCGUUUGGCGAGCCGUCGACAUUCUCUGCGUUUGGAUCGAAAGCCAAGACGACAAGUGCGCCUGAGCCGGAGAUUGUGCUGACCAAGGAGGGCAUUAGUACGGAUAUGGGCGCGCAGGGCCGUCCGAUAUGGCAUCUGUCGUGCUAUGCGCCUGCGCGCGGUGAGCCUAAUUUGAUUGAAGGUGUGGAUGUGAGUCCAGAUGAAGAUCGUGUCCUGGCGUACCAGGCCAAGCAAAGCGGACAGGAGGCAGCCUAUCUGCAGCAUGUACAAACACAAACGCUCAGUGCGGAGCAGAUGUACCAGAAUGCGAGUAUGCAUCCGCAAAAUGCUUUGCAGAAGGCGAUAGCCAACCGGCAACAGUACAAGCAGACGCUGCAGCCUGCCAUGCCAGCGUUUGGCGCGGCUUCGUCGAGCGCAUCCGCGUUUGGAUCCGCGGCGCAGCCGCCUUCCUCGGCCUUUGGUGCUGCGGCCCCGCCCAGUGCCUUUGGGGCACCAUCUGCUUUUGGAUCUCAGCCGUCUGCGUUUGGAUCGGUCGGAAAGCCAUCCGCCUUUGGUCAACCCUCUGCGUUUGGUCAACCCUCUGCGUUUGGCGCUGCGGCCAAGCCUUCUGCGUUUGGUCAAGCUUCUGCGUUUGGUCAAGCCUCUACGUUUGGUCAACCUGCUGCGUUUGGGCAGCCAUCUGCUUUCGGCCGUGCCGCCCAGACCUCUUCCUUCGGAUCCACGUCGCAGCCAUCGGCUUUUGGCGCGGCAGCGAAGCCUUCUGCCUUUGGUACACCAUCUGCGUUCGGCACUGCGUCUACCCCAUCAGCAUUCGGUCAGCCAUCGGCGUUUGGAUCGACAGCUGCACCGUCCGCCUUUGGAAAGGCAGCUGCACCGUCUGCUUUUGGAUCGAGUGCGCAGCCAUCGGCGUUCGCGUCCGCGGCCAAGCCCUCGGCGUUUGGUCAGCCAUCAGCGUUUGGGCAGCCGUCAGCGUUUGGGCAGCCAUCAGCGUUUGGGCAGCCAUCCGCUUUUGGCCAGCCCUCGGCAUUUGGGCAGCCGUCCGCUUUCGGCGCCUCGGCACCAUCGUCCGCGUCGGGAAGCUCAUCCCAGCCAUCCGCCUUUGGCGCACCGUCCGCCCCAGGCCCGGCAUCGGUGCCGCCAUCGGCUUUUGGUCAGGCCCCCGCUUUCGGGACGCCAUCUACGCAGGCCUCUGUGCCCCCACCCGCAUCGGCGCCCGUCACUCAGGCGCACACCGACGUCUUUGAUGACCAGCGCAUCGAGAGCCAGGCCCUGCCUGACGACGUGCGCGCCUGUUUCGAGGCAGACCACUUUGUCUGGGGACACAUUCCUGCCGUCGAGCCGCCAGUAGCCUUCUGUACGUAG